AUAAGGGUUUUUAAUAAUGGGGGAAACGCAGCUGCAAUAGAGGAUCUUCCUUCGGAGAAAUAAUUGGGUUGGGGGCAAUGACGUCCUCGGAGGAGAAGGAAGCUUCAAGCUCCACUCCUAAUCGCAAAGUAUCGUGCACUGCUAACUUCGACGCGCUCUGGUUCUGCUACUCGCCGGUUCAUCAAAUGCAGCAGUAUUACAGGCUUGGCGUUCUUGACAAUUGUUCCCGCCAAUGGAAAGCCAUGGUUGAUUGCUUAAUGCUCAAGACCAAACCCUCAUCUGAAGUCCAGGUUGCCCCCUACUUCUUCCUCAUUAUUUGAUUUUUUCCAAUUGUG